GUGCAGGCUACCAAAACCCUAGACGUUCUUCCAUCAUCGCCAGCCUCCGGCCAUCGCAGAAUCAAAUCGAACGAGGGAUGGCACCGAAACAGGCUAAUUCUGGGCUGUUUGUUGGACUGAACAGAGGACAUGUUGUGACCAAGAAGGAAUUAGCACCACGGCCCUCUGAUCGGAAAGGCAAAACAAGCAAAAGAAUCCAUUUCGUGAAGAGCCUGAUCAGGGAAGUUGCUGGAUUUGCUCCAUAUGAGAAGAGGAUCACUGAGCUUCUUAAAGUUGGGAAGGACAAGCGUGCUUUGAAGGUAGCCAAGCGAAAGUUGGGUACUCACAAGAGGGCUAAGAGGAAGAGAGAGGAGAUGUCUAGUGUUCUCCGAAAGAUGAGGGCUACUGGAGGUGGUGACAAGAAGAAAUAAACCUUCUUGCACUAUAUCUAUGGCAAGGGAGAUAGCUGUUUUGUUUUAUGUUGAAAGUUCAAUUAGUUAAAACAUAAGCAGAUUUACCUUUCAUAUGUAUUUUUGUUCACUUUUUGAGACUGAUAUACCCAAAGAAUUUUCCCUUAAAAUUUUCAUCCCAAAUUAAAACUAUCAUGUUCCAACAUUUGCAUA